UGCUCCGUUGCAGAUAGGAAUUCGAAUCCUUGUUAUUGAUUGGUGCCGUCAUUGGACGAUGGAAAGAGAAUUAGCCAACCGACGAUUUUCAACAGUAUUCGAAAAGAUGGCUGCUUUGCCGUCUCCAACGCAGGUUGCCGGAAAUAAUAGUGCCAUAUAUGAAUCGUAUUAUAAUUUCGUUGAUCCCAAUGGAUUCGGUACCGUGGGUGCCAUGGAAGCGGCGCGCUUUCUCAAACGAUCUGGACUCAGUGAUGUAGUGCUUUCUCGUGUGUGGGACUUAUCUGAUCCGGGCGGACGCGGAUGUUUGGACAAGGCGGGAAUGUUCGUUGCGUUGAAAUUGGUCGCACUGGCUCAAGCAGGUCGCGAUAUUAAUUUGUCUAAUAUCAUGCUCGAUAUGCCUCCUCCAAAAAUGGGCGAUAUUCCACUUCCAAAACCUGUUAAACCUCCCCCUCCAAGCAAUACUCCUUUAAUUAGUUCUGUUCCUCCAACCGCUGGUGUUGAUUGGACAAUUAAACCGACGGAAAGGGAAAAAUAUGACAAGUUAUUUGAUUCUUUAAGACCCAUGAAUGGUUUGAUACCAGGCAAUAAAGUGAAGGGUGUUUUGAUGGAUUCCAAAUUACCAAUGGAUACAUUAGGAAAAAUUUGGGAUCUCGCCGAUCAAGAUAAAGAUGGCAUGCUUGAUCGGCACGAAUUUGUUGUGGCAAUGCAUCUAGUAUAUAAGGCGCUUGAAAAGCACGCAAUUCCAAAUAUUCUUCCUACCGAAUUAAUGCCACCUCCGAAAAGAAAAGAAUCCGUGUCUAUGACCACACCGAUUAUACCAAGAGGCAUUGAUGGAAUUAAACCUGAGGUACCUCCUCCGCCGCCAAAUAUCGAACCAAUAGUACCACCAAGUAGACCACCUCCUAUGCCGUCAACUACGGCUUCAGCGCCUGUCAUACCAUGGGUUGUUACUCCAGAUGAAAAAGCAAUAUCGGAUGCGCUAUUUAUUAAAAGCGAUAUUGAUAGGGAUGGUUUUGUCUCGGGCCAAGAAAUUAAGGAUGUAUUUUUACAGUCGGGUGUACCGCAAGCAAUACUAGCACACAUUUGGGCUUUAUGUGAUAUUAAACAAAGUGGUAAAUUGAAUAAUGAACAGUUUGCUUUGGCGAUGUGGUUCGUGGCACGUUGUCUUAAAGGGAUGGAUCCGCCCAUAGCACUUACGCCAGAAAUGGUGCCACCUAGUUUUAGAUCAUCUAAACAAUGUGAUGUCCUAGAAAAUAAUAAUACUCCAUAUUCAAAUCCGGAAUUGGAUAUGAUUAGUAAAGAUAUUGAAGAAUUAUCAAGAGAAAAACUUGCCUUAGAAGCAGAUAUUACCCAAAAAGAAGCUGAUAUUAAGAUAAAAAGUGGAGAGAUAAAAAGUUUACAGAGUGAAUUAGAUACACUAGCUGCCACUCUUAAACAAUUAGAAAACCAGAAGGGAGAAGCUCAAAAAAGGUUAAACGAUCUAAAGUUACAGUGGUCCGAAGUUGACAAGGAAAUGGAGGAGGUAAAUACUGAACUAGCCCAGCAAGAAGGAAAGGUUGACAAAUUGAGAACACAAGCGACUGAGCAAGCGGAAGCAGUUGCGACACAAGAAUCGGAACUGUCAAGUAAAAAACAGCAACUAGAAGGUCUCAGACAAGAAGAGCAAAGACUGGAAGAUCAGAAAAAUGAACAUGUAAAAAAGUUAGAUUCACUUGCGACGAAGCUGAGUGAUACACAACUUAAUAUUAGUCAAGCGAAAGCGAUGAUAACUCAACUAGAAGAACAAACUAGACAAAUGAAUGACGCAAUAACAACUUGUGAUUCUGCAAUAGAUGCUUCUGAUGUCGUCACCGUACCUGACACGGCACUUCGACUUGAACCUGAGUUUAGAGAUUCAAAAUAUAAUAAAAUUGGCCUCGUAAACGGCGACACAUCGCAACAAAACGGAUUCGAGGAGAAGCACGAUCCAUUUAAUGAACGAAGUAAUUCGACCACUACUUUUUCGACAUUUCAAGAUGAUCCAUUUAAAUCAGAUCCGUUUAAAAAUCAAGAUGCCUUUAGUAUAAACGAUUCUUUCAAUGCUGCCUUUACAAAGACUGAUGGAUUUUCAUCAGACCCGUUCAAUUCGUUUAAUGCCCCUGCUAAAACUGAUCCAUUUGUUGCUUUUGGAGAGGAAGGAGAGAGUAAUGUCCAAAAUACUGAAAAUUCGAAGGAUCCUUUUGGGUGUGAUCCGUUUGCCAUUUUACAUGCACCUACUAGAGAUAGCGCACCUCCUCCUAGACCUACUAGCCCUAGUCCCGCAUUGCCUCCUAAAAAAGGGAAACAACCUCCUCCCAGGCCUGCACCACCACGUCCCGCACCACCUGGCGCCAAACAGCAAGCGGACGAUUUUGGCUCUUCGGAUCCCUUUUCCUCAUCCGGUGGGGGAGGUUUUGCAAAUUUUGCAGAUUUUGACUCUAAGUUUUCUGAUAAACCGACCACAACCUCAAAUACAAGUUCAACAAACAAGACCCUGGAUUUCACAGAUGACCCCUUUCGAGACUAUCGAUACGAAGAUCCAUUCAAUAUUGCCUUCGACGACGAGCCUUCUGAUAUUGGUAAAAGCACUAGUAGUCUCGACGCCCGUAGUGUAUCAACCUCGAAUAUAUCUAAACCUUUGGAAAGUAAAUUUGAUCCGUUCGGAACAGAACAAUUAGAUGGUAGAAGUAGCCGGGGGGAGUCAUCCGGUUUAAGCGGACGUCAAUCCGCACCCUUGGCGACCUCCGAUGCGUUUUUGAAUUCCAGUGGCCGUGCUUCUGCUCCUUUGAAUCGAUUUUCGGAAAAGGAUCAAGUUGCAUGGGCCACUAAAGAGAGUAAAAAGAAUGAGGAUUUACGUAAGCAGAGACUAAUACAGGAACAAGCCGAUUUAGAAUUAGCUAUAGCGUUGAGUAAGGCUGAACAACAGAAAAAUUAGUUGGUGAGUGGUGAUGUAGAAAAACUAAAUUUAGCGGUAUUUGUUCGUGAACUUAAGUAAAUUAUGGCUUAUUCUGCAUUCGUUAUGCAAACUACACAUAUCCUUUAUUGCUAUAAUUUCUUACAUUUGGCAUUCGUUAACCAUAUAUUAUUAUGCACAAUCUUUUUAAAAUUUCUCAGGCCACAUAUCUUGGGAAGUGUGGAGAUUGAGUAUAGAAAUGGCAAUAAUGCAUCUGUACAUUUUUUAGUCUUAAGAAUCGUCUCGGUUUAAAUUUCAUCAUUAUUUGUAAUGCUCAUUCCGCCUGAUGCUAUUCUAAAUCUCCAUUCCAAAAUAUCGCUUUGAGUAGCUGUCUGUAUACAAUGGUCUUAAGUGUUAAUAUUGAACGGAAAAUCCAAACGAACACGGUAUUAUGAGAUAAUUCUGUAUUUUAAGUUCUUUACAUGUAAGACUACUUACUUUACCAAAGAUGAAAAAAUAACAAACAUCAGUUUAUACUUUUAAUCAAUAACCAACUGAACGUAACAUUUUGAAAGUUUUUUUUAUUGAAGUAGAUGUUGAUGUGUUACCAUUACAUUAUAAUCUACUUGAAUUGAUAUGGUUACUAAAGGCUAUUACAUAUCAGCGUUUUAAUUCUGUGCGUUACAAAUAUCUAUUGUUAUGUUUAGAUGUAGGGUUCUUCCUGUAGGUGUUGUAGAGUUUGAUCGUGUUGAAUGAUUGACAAGUUUUUAAUGAAUUUAAGGUAUAGUUUCAUUUAUUUUAUUACAGUACCUGGAGAGUAUGUGAAACACGUUUUUAAAACUAGUUUUGUAUUUAGCUUUACUAUAUUUCAUACUGUGGAUAUGUGAUAGCCAUAAUGUUUAUGAAGCAUUUCGAUGUAUAGGCGAAACAAGCAAAUAAUCUACAAAAUGCCUUGUCAGUAUUGAGAUAGGUUUUCUGUUAAGUUUCAAGUGAUUAGUUAGCGUGUUACAUAAUGUUUACUUUUUUAAUGUACAAAGGAUAUGUACAUAUAUUAAUGUUAAGUUGUAAAGUUAUGUAUUUAUUUGAAUAUAUCUUUUUUAUGUUUUGUUCUUA